GCAAUUAAAGAAGGCAACAGCUCUACCAACUGCGCCACUGUGCAGCCCCCAUGAGAAUCCAAUAAAGUACAUGGAACGAAAAACUGUGAAAGGUUUCAAGACAGCCAGUUCUUUACUACAUUAAAGUUGUUUAACAAAACAUAUUUAUAAGAAACAAUGAAAUUUGCCAACCCCCCAAACCAAAUGAGAGCUUCUGUACUGAUGUCUAACAUUUUUCCCAUUGACAUCAAGACAAAUGGGUAUUUAACAAAUGUUUGUUUAAUUUAUUUCUGCAAGCUGUAACCCUUCUCUUGUAGAUUUAUAAUGUCAAAAUACACUUUAAAAUGCCAACAGCAGUUAUAGCCAUGCCACUGAUGAGAAGGUGUUGAUGUAUGUCUUACUGUUUUAAUAAAUCCCAAACCCAUCCACCAGCAAGGCGUUAGAUCUUGCUGGUGGCAAAACGCUGUCAGAAGAGCUUUGACAGCGUAAAGCUCUUUUUCUUAUUUUAGGACAUUUAAAAGGAAUAUGAAAAAAGAGAUUUGAAAUUAUUUGCAGGAGAAGAAGAUUGAUCCUGUCAGAGGCCCGACCACAACACAGCAAAUAUGUUUCUCAGAUGACUUCAUGUAAGCACUGGGAGACGUCUGACAGAUGACCUGGGCUGAUACCAGAGAAUCAAGGCUAUUUUCUGUCAGCGAGGAUCAAACCGGAUCAAAGCCGGAGUCGGAGAGAAAAGACAACGGGACACGUGGCGUGGCCAGAUGGAGAGGUGUGAAGGCCCAACAACGGACUGACUGAUUGACAGACUGACUGACAACUCGGUCUAUAUUCAGACACAAAGCCAACGAGAGAGAAGAAGAAAGAGAAAGAGACCUCUGGUAGAAAACUGUCACCAUCUGAGUAAACAACCAACAACUUGCUUCCUUCCUCACACAGCAGGACAGAAGCUUUAAAAUUCACUGGAUGGAGAGAGUGUUGUGAUUUCUCCAUAUCUGGUCUGGGUGUUAAAAACACAUGAUGUGAUACUUGUUCUGAUAAGCUCCUUAGGUGAUGAUGACCUGCACCGUUCUUUCAGCUAAACACCUUUUUAAUUGUGUGAGCAGUUUAGGAUUUUCACUGUUCUUUUCCUUUACGAAUCCUGGGAAAGCAGAGCCAGGCUAGUAUUCAGUCUAGUACUCUUUUAGAGUAAAUCUCAACUACGUCAUUAUUGCUCCCGUUAGUGGCUGAGAUGUACUGGGCAGGUUUAAUUUAAAUUCUAAUUCAAACAUACCUUAUUAACCACAGAGUGAAAUUAACUGGAAAUCCACCUGCAUGGAUUUCCAGCAGCAGUCUGUGUUACAACAUUUCCAGAAAAGCCUCUGAGAAGAGCUGUUGCUACAGUCUCAUAAAGAGGAUCCUCAGGGUUGUUUGGCAUUUUAUGAAGAAUCAUUCUUUGCCCAAUAAUCUCCAGAGGUUCCACAACAUUUUUUUUCUCUCGAUGUUGUUGCGUUAGAAACAGCUUUUCCAAAACUGCAGCUGUCCAGAGGUGUUCCGGAUUUGGCGGUCAUUAGAUUCUUCAACAGCUAAGAGAUUAGCAGCAAAUUUGACAUUUCAAGGCCACCGUGACUCAUCACCUCCAGAGCCCAAACCCUUUUCUACAGAAAAAUAAUCACCUUUUUUGUUGGUUUGAAAUAAAUUUCAAAGAAUAAAAGUAGCAUUUAAAGGGUUUCAAUCUUGAAAAACAUUACAUUUUAAUUGCUUAAAAAAAAACACGAAAAAACAAAGAUGUACAAUAAUUUAAUAGCUGUAUUUUUGGUGUUUGUUUUUUUUUUUUUGCCAUAAAGAUGUUAAGAGCCUUUUAGGAGGGCACAAGGAGUAACUUGCAAAUAUUACCAAUUUUUAUAUGACCUGUGUGGCUCAGGAUGCAUUUCUGUUGUACUGCUUAGUUGGCCCAGACUGACUUUUCUCAUGCAUUUUACAUAUUUAUUUCAUAGGGAUCGGUGGCACAGGAUAAACAGUGAAAGAAAAAAAUAGCAUCAAGUCAAGACUGGCAAACUUUAUAAAUUACUGGCUUCAAAUUAAAGGUUCACUUCAGAGGCAGUAUCGAGACUUUCCUGACCUUCAUUUAUUAAUAUCUAGAUCAAAAUGUAAAUACUUAGCAUGAACAAAGAUAUAUGGAACAGUUUGAGAUUUAUUACAUCUUGACAUGCAGAAUAUUUUUGGGCAUCAGGAAAGCAUACACAUUGAUUUGGGCUCACCUAUCCAGAAAAGAACCAAAACAUUUUAUUUUUAGUUUAUGUGAUAAGACAGUCAUGCAGGAAUGAAUGACUGACGAGAGAUCCACGUGUCUCAAACUCCCCCGCAGACAUGACUAAAACGCGUCCGGUGACCUCGUCGCCUCCCAGCAGCUCGAGAUCAUCCCCACAACAAACCACGUUAAAAGCGAGGCUUCCGUUUUCAACGCACAAAAAGACUAAAAUAUGUGCACGUAUAGCUGCUGCGCUGCGUACCCCUCUCACACACCGGAUUCAAUCAGCACUUCAAUGGCUGCGUGAGCACGUGACGACACAACAUCAAAGGGACGGAGGGGCGAGACUCAAACCCAGCGUGUGGGCGUGCCGCGGCGAGCGUGCGCUCGGGGUGUGGGGACCGACGCCCGGCGAGGAGCUUCAGCCAACCACAGCAGAGCCCGAUUGGCCCGCGGGAGAGAAACCGAGAGAGGGAGGGACGGGUAGGAGGGAAGAACCUCAGAUAAAUACCCAACUUCAUCUGGAGGUCAGGAGGACUUGGAUCCGGAGGGAGAUAACGCUGCGCCGUUAACAGACUUUAAAAGUUUCCCUGCGGAGAUGGAUUGAUUUAGUGAUCCGAACUGGUUCUGUGCGUAAAUUUGGGGGCGAAUCUGGAAGCAGCCGCCUGUUUCUGAAAGAAACGAUGGAGAUCCAUGAUCUGCGCUCAUUCAGUCCACCCAUGAGCGAGCGAUCGUCUCCGGGAGGGCUCCGUGCGCUUUAACAGGACUUCGCCUCUCUCCGUAUAGAAUGCUGUGUUUGAUUCGGACCCGGCUGACACACACGUCCCAGUAACAGCUACAACAUGAGGAGCCGUGGUGGGUUUCGAAGCUCGGCCGGACUGUCAGCGGUGCGCUCCUGCCUGCUGCUGCUCUUCAUCCACAUGAGCGCUCCGGUGGAGGCGCGGCGAGUGCGCGGCGGCCGCGCUCAGACCCGGCGGAUCCAGCAGCAGCAGCCGCAGCAGCCGCAGCAGACUCCGGAGCAGCAGCGGGUGGAAGGACCGGAGAGCUUCCCACUAGACUUCACAGCCGUGGAGAGCAACAUGGACAACUUCAUGGUGCAGGUUAAGAACCUGGCGCAGUCGCUGUACUCCUGCUCUGCGCAAAAGCUGGAUCAAGACAUGAAGCUGCACCUCUUGAGUAAUUUGUCGGUGACCUGCAACGACGGUUCAUCAUCGGGGUUCUACAUCAAGGAGUCCAAAGGCAGCAGGAGGUGGCUUCUCUUCCUGGAAGGUGGGUGGUACUGCUUCAACAAACAGACCUGCAGCAGCAGAUAUGAGACCAUGAGGAAUCUGAUGAGCUCCACCAAGUGGCCACAGAGCAGAAGAGGAACAGGAAUUCUGUCUCCAGAUCCAGAGGAAAACCCUCACUGGUGGAAUGCCAACAUGGUUUUUAUUCCUUAUUGCUCCAGCGACGUGUGGAGUGGAGCCACGCCAAAGACCGAGCACAGUGAUUAUGCCUUCAUGGGCUCUCUGAUUAUCAAGGAGGUGGUGAAGGAGCUGCUGACUAAAGGUCUGGACAAAGCCAAGGUUCUGCUCCUGGCAGGCAGCAGUGCGGGCGGUACCGGCGUCCUGCUGAACGUGGACGGCGUCGCCGAGCAGCUGCAGGCGGCGGGCCACAGGGGGGUGCGGGUCAGGGGGCUGGUCGACUCUGGGUGGUUCCUGGACAACAAACAGUACAAAACCACCGACUGCCUGGACACCGUCAGCUGCGCCCCCACUGAGGCCAUAAAGAGAGGCGUCAGGUACUGGGGUGGACUGGUACCAGAGAACUGCAGGCAGGCUCACGUAGGGGAGGAGUGGAGCUGCUUCUUGGGAUAUAAAGUCUACCCGACGUUGAAAAGCCCGGUGUUUGUGAUCCAGUGGCUGUUUGACGAGGCUCAGCUGACCGUCGAUAACAUCCACCUGACCGGGCAGCCCCUUCACGAGGCCCAGUGGAGGUACAUCCAGAACCUGGGUCAGGAGCUGAGGAGCACGCUGCGAGACAUACCAGCCAUGUUUGCUCCAGCCUGUCUGUCUCACGAACUCAUCACCAGGACGUACUGGAUGGACAUUCAGGUGAAAGGCACGUCUCUGCCCAGAGCGCUCCACUGCUGGGACCGCAGCCUCCAGAGCACCCUGCACCUCAACAGCAGCCACGGCCUGAACAAGCACCGGACUCCCCCGUCCAGGGGAUGCCCCUUUCAUCUGAUGGACAGCUGCCCCUGGCCGCACUGCAACCCGUCCUGCCCGACCAUCAGAGACCAGCUGACGGGACAGGAGAUGAGCGUGGUCCAGUUCCUGAAGCACAUGGGCUUCGACGUGCAGAAGAUGGCCCAGCAGCAGGGAAUGGACGCCAAGAGGCUACUGGGCAUGCUCAGUAACGGAAGCUGAGCUGCUCGGUCGUACCUAAACGAGCGCAGUUGUAGCUGUUGGAGGCCAGUCUUUAUAAGCACAUGGAUGAAAUAAGAGGGGGAAAAAGGAACCUCUUCUUACGUUGAGGUCUUGGUGACAAACUGAACAAUGUGAACAGUCACAAGUGCCUCGUUUAUUUUUGAAGACGUGCAAGUCGUGUACAACCAAACCAGAAAGUUUGAGCUGUUGGAAAGCUUCAUAUGGGAUCAGCAUAGAGAUGAACUCAGAGGAGGCGGGUACAGCGAGUAUAACACAGGAGCGUCUCAAUGUAAAUUAAUUUAUUUUCUUAACCCAAAGUAUGAAACUCAUUCCACACAUUUGUUAGUCAGUGAUAGAUUUCAAGUGCUUCCUUCUUUCCCCGUUUCCUUUUGCAUGAAUUACUGCAUCAAUGCGGCGCAGCAUGGAGGAGUUUCUAAUGGAGGGCCAGGUAGAUUUGACAACGGCCUUCAGCCCAUUCAUCUUCGUCUUGACAUUACAUACAUUCUCUAUGAGGUUAAAGGUCCGGGGAGUUUGCUGACCAAUCGAGAACAGGAACAGCAUGGUCACUGAUCCAGCUUUUGGUACCACAUGCGGUUUGGACAGGGGCCGAGUCCUGCUGGAAAAUGAAAUCAGCAUCGCCAUAAAGAUUGAGCAGAAGGAAGCAUGAAAUUCCCUGAGACUUCCUGGCAGAGGCUGCGUUGACUCUCGACUUCAGCGGGGUUUCUGCAGGUUUCACCAAAUCAAAAUUAAGACUUUUUAAGAUCACUCUGACUUAAAUUUAAGACCUGCAUCACGACAGAAAAUAAAAUAAAUUGUAUGUGUUUGCAACAGAAGUGAGCCAAUGGGUAAGAUGAACUUCGUCCAGCCAACUGGUGAGACAUUUGCACUGAGCCAUGUUGGACGUUAAAAAGUUAGCUAGCGUUAGCAGCUAGUUACCGCUAGCUGCAACCAGCUUGAGUCACAGAACGCAGUGACCACGUCCGCAUGCAAUUCAGCUUUGCAUAAUAGUAAACUCCUGAGAAAAAAGAAAACUACACAGAACAAAUAGUCCUUUCACGACAAACUUUAAAACCUCCGAUUAACGUAUUUGAGACCUACUUUUUUUUUCCCAAUAAAUUUGAAAAAUUUUAAGGCCUUAUUUUUAGAAACAUGAAUUUAAUACAUUCUGAGGAUGAACGGACACUCUGCUUCACAAUUCCAACAAGCUGCACUUCUCUCUGUUGUUUGUGAACUCUUCUUACUUCCACAGUUUUCCUUCCAAUAAACUUUCCAAUAAUAUGUAAAAUAACAUAUGAAAAGAUUUUUUUUUUUUUUAUUGAUCUUAUGCUUCAUUCAAAUGUUCAGAGAAAUUGAUCUUGUGUUUUCAUAUCUGUGAGCCACAAUCAGGAAAACUAACAGAAAUGAAUGCUUGAAAUGUAUCACUCUGAGGGAAAUCUCUACAGAAGAUGAGUUUCACUUUUUGAUAAGAAAAAAAGCAUUUAUAUUCUUAACUAUUGGGGAGACACCAGUAUAUGCAAUAACCUGAACUUCAUACCCUCAUGUAGAGGUAACACAACGACAGCUGUCUUCAGCAGCCGGAGGGGUUCUAAUGGGAAACCACCGAACUGGAAACCAUUCCCAGUUUGACGUGGACAUUCCCAGUAUACUGUGGUCAGGGGAACGAGGUGGGCCAGAAAAAUUUCACUGAUUCCUCUGCUCACUAAAUAUGCUGCUUUUUCUCCAUGUAAAAAAUAAUUUAAUGGGAAUUAUUUACUAAUAAAAACAAAAUCUAACUCUGUUCUUGUGCCUACAGUUCACUGUACUAUUUAUUUUUUUAUUGCUCAAAUCUAGGAAAUUUUUAUAUCAAGUCUACUUUUUAUUUGCAUGUUUGUAAUAAAUACCUGUAUGCUUGUGGAUCAAUUACUGUUUUGUUUUUUAAAAAAAAGGUAUUUUCAUAAACUGUAUUCUGCUCACCUAUUUAAGCAAAAAUAAAUACAGAUACACAGCGAUGUAGCAAAAUGUAAUUUACUUACAAAAGCAGAGUGAAAAUUUCACUGAAAAAAAAAAACAAAACAACAAAAAACUAUUUACACCAACACACCCAAAAA